GCGGAAGCUUCGGUCGAACAGAGGGAGUAAGCAGUUGCGUUUCGCAUUGCGCGGCGCCGAUGGGGGCGUCGGGGAAGUGGAUCAAGUCGCUGGUGGCCCUGAAGGCGCCCGAGAAGGCGGCGGGGCACAAGGGCGGUCGCAAAUGGCGUCUCUGGCGGAGCUCGUCGGCCACGUCCAGGGCCAGCGCCGGAGAGGGCAGUGCGCUGGCGUCCGAGUCUUCUUCGGCGUCGGCCGACUCGUUCAACUCGGUCCUCGCCGCCGUGGUCCGCGCGCCGCCCAGGGAUUUCCUGCUCAUCAGGCAGGAAUGGGCCGCCGUCCGCAUCCAGACCGCCUUCCGCGGAUUCUUGGCGAGACGGGCGUUGAAGGCGCUGAGGGGCAUCGUCCGGCUGCAGGCGCUGGUGCGCGGCCGGCGCGUGCGCAAGCAACUGGCCGUCACGCUCAAGUGCAUGCACGCACUGCUGCGGGUGCAGGAACGCGCCCGGGAGCGCCGGGCGCGCUCCUCCGCUGAUGGCCACGGCUCACAGGGCCAGGACGCGCUCAACGGCUGUGCCAGUUCUACCAAAGACGCUAUGGAACAAUGGUGUGACCGCCACGGAUCUGUUGCUGAAGUAAGAUCAAAUUUACACAUGAAGCAUGAAGGUGCAGCAAAGAGAGAAAGGGCAAUUGCCUAUGCUCUGUCUCACCAGCCUCGGGGUUCAAGACAGAAGGGGACACCAAGCUCUCCUGCUAACUGCGUUAGAAGCCAUGAUCCUAAUGGGUGCAAUCAGGACUUCAGUUACUUAGACGGAUGGAUGGCAACGAAGCCAUGGGAGACCAGAUCUACGGAGCGAAACCAUAGCGACUCGCAGCUCGCGAAGCACUGCGAGGAGCCGAACUUGCCCGCCUCCAAGCUUUCCGAUGCCAGCUCAGUUAAGAUCAGAAGAAACAAUGUCACAACUAGGGUAUCUGCAGCAAAGCGUCCUCCUCCAUCUUCAGUGCUGUCAGCUGCUUCUUCCGACUCCGCGUACGGCGACAAGAGCCCUCGGUCGAGACCAUCGGUGACGCUGACGUCUGCUACCACCAACACUGUCUUAGCGUCAGAAGCAAGAUCAGACAGUGGCGACACCGGAGGCCCGAACUACAUGAGCUUGACCAAGUCUGCCAAGGCGAGGCUGAGUGGAUGCAGCGGCAGCAGUCAUCACAGGUCGUUCCAGCGACCACGGUCCGGGGACAUGUCGAGGGUGACACUGUCUUCGAUCGACACCCAGAGCAACGCGGGCUCGGAGAUUUCAGUCACCUCGAAGAGACUGAACAGCAUGUCCCUGAACCUGAAAGGCCGGAGCUUGGACAAGGAGAACGAGGAGGAUUGAUCCACCAACGGACAAAGCAGCUGUCGUAGGUCUGGUGGUAGUACUACCACGCGUUCAAAGCAGCAUCUCUGUAUUUACGGAAUUUACGGAGGAAGACGAGGUUUAUCUCUUUCAUAAACUCCACACAUGUGAGAGAGCUCUGGCACUAGUAGGUCACCGCUUCUAUCAUCAUUAUCAUCCUUAGUUUAGUUUAGUGCGUGAGUUUUGUACACAUCCAAUCGAUGUCCAGUUCCUAAUUUCAUUGUCUCUAGUUUGUACCCAUAAAUUAGUAAUGUAAGUACUUAUAUCAGCACGCAAAGGGCAGCUAUCUUGCGUUC